UUUUAUUUAGUCAUAACAUAAUUUUUAUAAAUCUUUUUACAUCAAAAUUAUCUUUAAUUUUUUAACAAUACCAUCAAUUACUGUCUCUAAAUAAAAUGCUUGUAACUAAAUUAUGUCCUAGAAAUUUGUUCAUCGUACAUAGUACAAAAUUAAUGCCGCAUAUUUUAAGAAGAAAUUAUGCGUCCAACUUUGAUAAUUCAGACACGGUAGAUUUGGCUUAUGCUUCCUAUGAAAGUACUUCUGACUGUGAGAUCUCGUCGAGACCACCUUUAGUUAUUCUGCAUGGGCUAUUGGGUUCGAAAAAUAAUUGGAACAGUAUGAGUAAAGCAAUACAUAGAACGACUGGGAGGAAAGUUAUUAGCGUAGACGCUAGAAACCACGGAGACAGCCGGCAUUCAAAUCAGCACACCUACAUACACAUGGCACACGACGUGAUGAAACUCUUGAAGAAGUUGGAGUUAUCGAAAGUUUCUGUUCUUGGUCACAGUAUGGGUGGCCGCACUGCCAUGGUGUUGUCCCUACUAUGUUCGGACCUAAUAUCAAGCAUGAUAGUAGUAGAUAUAUCACCAGUGAAGACGAGUCCACAGAUCUUCUCCAUGGCCAACUUAUUUGAUGCAAUGAGCUCUGUUUCAAUAAGGUCUGGAAUAGCAAUGUCCAAAGCAAGGAAACUAGCUGAUGAGCAGUUGAAAAGUAUAACUCCUGAUGUGAAUUUGAGGAAUUUUUUAAUAACUAAUUUGGUCCAAACAAACUCUGGAUCAUAUACAUGGAGAGUGAACCUACCAGUUCUAAAAGAUAACUUCCAAUCACAUAUAUCUUCCUUCCCAUCAAACUUAAGAGGCCUACAAUACUGUGGACCAACUCUAUUUGUGGGUGGAUCAUUAUCAGAUUACAUUGGAAAAAAUGAUUUACGGGAGAUACAAGAAUUCUUCCCAUUAGCUGAAUUAGUCUUUAUAGAAGGCGCAGGCCACUGGGUGCACAGUCAGAAGCCAGAGAAAUUUCUAGAUACAGUCUGUAAAUUUUUAGAUGAAAAGUAAUUAUGCUAUUAUAUAGUAUAAUUUAUUGUGAUUGUUUAAAUUGAUAGAUACAAUUGUGAUUUUAAAUAGUUGUUGUUGAUGUGCCAUUUA